UGACACCUCAGACACCCCUCAUUCAAACACACCUCACAGCUCUGCCAGCCAAGUUCCCAUCAACCCAUCGCCUUCACCAUAACUGCGCUAAAAACACUCUCUACGCCUUCUCCCUCUCUCUAUCCCGUCGCUUUCAUCGCCUACUUGUUAUCAUAACUCGCCGGAAAAUUAUCUGUCUCUCCCUUUUCCCGGCGAAGCCUUUUCAUCUACCUCAAUUUGUAUUUGGCGCAAUAGUCUCUUCUCUCCGUUUCUUUCUUUCUCUGCACUCUUCUCUUUGUUGCACAGGGAAACUUAUUUUUGCUUCACGCUAUUCUUUAGAGAUUAGUUCAAUUCUUGAAAAUAUAAGAAAGAAAUUCGUUUCGAAACGUAUUUUUUUUUUCAAUUUUCUUUUUAGCUUGUGCAUGAAGUUAGAAAUUUUAUGGGGUUGAUGGACCUCUGGUUGUCGUUUCUCUAACGAAAAACAAUAUACGGUUUCUCUAUUUUAUCUUUCUCUGUUUUUUUGUAUAUCCUUUUUAUAUAAAGGGGGUCUCUUUCUUUUUUUCCUUUUUUUUUUUUUUUCUUUCCUUCGGGAAUUUUGAAUGGCUGUGGAGUAUAAAUGCUGCGAAACAAAUUUCUUUAUAAACAUUGUGGUAAUAGUAUUUCUGGUGGUGUUUGCUGGAUUGAUGUCUGGGCUCACUUUGGGGCUUAUGUCUAUGAGCACUGUCGAUCUUGAAGUUCUUGCUCAGUCUGGGACCCCGAAUGACCGCAAACACGCUGCAAAGAUAUUGCCAGUUGUCAAAAAUCAGCAUUUAUUGCUAUGCACACUACUCAUUUGCAAUGCUGCUGCUAUGGAGGUGCCUUUUGAUCAGAAUAUCUGCAAUGAUAUUUGCUUUACACAGUUAAAAAUGAUAUCUUACUAUUCUCUUUAUCAGGCGCUUCCAAUCUUUCUUGACAGUCUGGUAACAGCUUGGGGUGCUAUUCUAAUUUCGGUUACACUGAUUCUCCUAUUCGGUGAGAUUAUUCCUCAAUCUGUUUGUUCUCGAUACGGUUUGGCAAUUGGUGCAGCAGUGGCUCCAUUUGUUCGCAUUCUUGUUGGGAUCUGCUUUCCUAUUGCCUAUCCAAUCAGCAAGCUUCUGGAUUUUCUACUGGGUCAUGGGCAUGUAGCACUUUUUCGCAGAGCUGAAUUGAAAACACUCGUAAAUUUUCAUGGCAAUGAGGCUGGAAAAGGCGGAGAACUGACCCAUGAUGAGACCACAAUUAUAGCUGGAGCACUUGAGCUUACUGAGAAAACAGCUAGUGAUGCCAUGACACCUAUUUCUGAAACCUUUGCAAUCGACAUUAAUGCCAUACUUGACAGGGCAUUGAUGAAUUUGAUAUUGGAGAAAGGUCAUAGCAGAGUUCCAGUUUAUUAUGAGCAACCUACAAAUAUAAUUGGACUUAUACUGGUGAAGAAUUUGUUGACAAUUCACCCAGAAGAUGCAACACCUGUGAAGAAUGUUACUAUACGGAGGAUUCCCAGGGUUCCAGAAACUAUGCCAUUGUAUGAUAUAUUGAAUGAGUUUCAGAAAGGUCACAGCCACAUGGCUGUUGUUGUAAGAAAGUGUGACGGGAUAGAGCCGCAGCCAGUUAGCAGUGUUGUUGACAAUCCGGUAAAAGAAGUUAGAGUUGAUAUUGAUGGUGAAAAGCCUACUCCAGAGAGGAUUUUAAAGACCAAGAAGCCACUUCAUAAAUCGAAAAGCUUUCCCAAUAGUUCCAAUCCGUCACUUAGGAUCACAAGGAGCAGGAAGUGGAUGAAGGACAUUGACUCUGACAUCCUGAAUAUAAAUGGCAAUCCACUCCCAGAACUUCCUGAAGAAGAAGAAGCUGUAGGCAUAAUAACAAUGGAAGAUGUCAUUGAAGAGCUUCUACAGGAGGAGAUCUACGACGAGACAGAUCAUCAUGUUGAGGACUCAUGACAGAGACUUUGACAAGAAGCAGAAUAAUUACGGAAUAGAUUACCACAAAAUAUUUCACGUGUUUCGGGAGUUGGACUGUUUGAGCUAGUGUUGAAAACAGAGAAUACAGAAAUGAUCAAAGGAUGACUUUUGUUUAGUGUACUCUGGUUCUGGAUACAUGUAAGUUGGACACAUUUGGUAAUGGAAAUGUUUUUUCCACGAUUUUGGCUGCAUUUAUAUUUUGUUGCAGAAUACCUAAAACUAAGACUAAUUCUUAUAUACUUAUUAGGUGUAUGCAAAGAACUCAAAAACCCCAAUUCGAAAAACGUUAUAUUCUGUUC